GUGGCGGGGAAGGGGGCGGUCCUGGACUAAGUGACAGCGGCGGGGUCGGGACGCCAACCGUCUGUCCGGCACUCUCUCGUUCGAGAUGCUGCGGAACGGAGCUGCCGGAGGCGGCGCCUCUUCCGGCGCCACCGCCCGGCCUGUGCGCGUCUGGUGUGACGGAUGCUACGAUAUGGUGCAUUAUGGACAUUCCAAUCAGUUGCGACAAGCUCGUGCAAUGGGAGAUUAUCUGAUUGUGGGUGUCCACACAGAUGGUGAAAUAUCCAAACAUAAAGGCCCCCCUGUCUUUACUCAAGAAGAAAGAUACAAAAUGGUGAAGGCCAUCAAGUGGGUAGAUGAGAUUGUUCAGGGAGCUCCUUAUGUCACAACACUGGAAACGCUGGAUAAAUACAACUGUGACUUCUGUGUACAUGGGGUGUUUUUUUUAAUAGAUGACAUCACACUUACUGCAGAUGGCAAGGAUACUUAUGAGGAAGUGAAGAAAGCUGGGAGAUAUAGGGAAUGUAAACGUACCCAGGGAGUGUCCACUACAGAUCUGGUUGGCCGGAUGUUGCUUAUGACCAAGGCCCAUCACAGCAACAUUGCUGAAGAAACAGAUUAUCGGAAGCAUGCAGAUAACCUAGGAAAGUGCCCUAAAGGUCACAGUCCCUGGACUGGAGUUUCUCAGUUUCUGCAAACAUCUCAGAAGAUCAUCCAAUUUGCAUCUGGCAAGGAGCCUCAACUUGGAGAUACCAUAAUCUAUGUGGCGGGCGCCUUUGAUCUUUUUCAUGUGGGUCAUGUGGAUUUUCUGGAGAGAGUGCACCAAAUAGUAAAGCGUCCUUAUAUCAUUGCUGGGCUGCACUUUGACCAAGAAGUGAAUCUCUAUAAGGGCAAGAACUAUCCCAUAAUGAAUGUGCAUGAACGAACUCUCAGUGUUUUGGCCUGCAGAUAUGUUUCUGAAGUAGUAAUUGGAGCUCCCUAUUCGAUCACUGCUGAUCUGCUCGAUCAUUUCAAGGUGGAUCUCGUGUGCCAUGGGAUGACUGAGGUGGUACCUGACAAGGAUGGAUCAGAUCCAUAUGAGGAACCCAAGAGACGUGGUAUUUUCCGGUUGGUAGACAGUGGCAACAAUCUCACCACUGAUCUGAUAGUGAAAAGAAUAAUUAAGAACAGGUUGGAAUUUGAAGCUCGGAAUCAGAAGAAAGAAGCCAAGGAACUGGCUGUAUUGGAGGUCAUGAAAAGAAAUGAGGAAGCAGCCCAACAGAAGAUAGGUUUAAGGAACCAAGAAAGUUAGCAUGGGGAAGAAUGCUGCAGAAUCCUCUUCUUCUGGACCAGCAAACUUUCCUGGAGAAUAGGACACUGCUGAAUUAGGCCUGUGGUCAGUUUUCCUGGCUUAAGUAAAUCAGUUGUCCAUAGGGAAGAGCCAGGUGGAUGCUGCCAUCUAGUUAAUUGAGAAGCAAUGUCUUUCCAAUAACCAAUUUAAAUUCUGAUGAAAAUUAGCAAAUUUCUGUGGGUUUUAUCUACUGGCAUUUUUGACUUAUUGGAACUAGGGAAUUCUCUCAACUCAUCUUCUGAAAUUUAAACAUCUCACAAUAUCUCUUUAAUUUGUGCCUGCCAGAGAUAAUUUUCAAAUAUAUCAAACCAUCCUUUCUGGAUUCAGAGUCCUUUGUAAACAGCAGUGGUUGCUUAAUGCCAUCAGAGAUUGUUCCUUUUCCAGGAAACAAGAUGCAGCCAAACUUGCCAUUAUAUUUCCCAGCUAAGCAUACCUGGAAAGGAAGAAUUGUAAUUGUAUACACUGCCUUACAUCUGGUGCAUUCAGAAUCUUUCCAUAUUGUAAUUGUGGAAAGAGUUCAGUGGACUUCUCUAAUUUCAGAUAGUGCUCUUCUUACUUUGUGUACAGAUAAGCCUGUUAAGGUCCAUAGCUAAGCAGGAGAGCUGCAGUACUAAUUGCUACCAUAGCAUAAAAAUACAGUGUAAUCGUUAGAAAACUCACUGUGGCCAAAGUUAAUUUUCAGAAGCUCCAUAUUGA